CUGUAUCGUUCCUCUGCCAGCAUGGAUCAGACAUUUUUUAAAAGAACCGAUACCUAGCUCUGCGACGAGACUCCAUCACCAUGCUGGAGCUGGACCACCCACCCCAUCACAGGGUUCAGUGGCUCUUACUCCUAUGGUUGGCCUGUUGUUGGCACCGAGGCUCGGCUGGCGAUGGCAGACAGAUGUGGCAGAACCCCAAGCCGGUCCCUGUCACUCUAGAGGAGUCUUUCCUUCAUGAUACUUUUCCUUCAGGAUUCCUUUGGGGGUCUGGGACGUCUGCCUUCCAGACGGAAGGAUCGCGGGACGGAAAGGCACCAUCCAUUUGGGAUAACUUCACCCAAUCAGAGACCGCCGAUGUAGCGAGCGACAGCUAUGCUCGGUGGGAAGAAGAUGUGCAGGAGCUGGAGUAUCUUGGGGUGAAGUCAUACACCUUUUCACUCUCCUGGCCUAGACUGUUCCUGGAUGGGAUCCAUCCCAAUGAGCGUGCCGUGGAGCACUACAACCGCCUCAUAAACAAGCUGGUGGAAAAGCGGAUUGAGCCCGUUGUUACCGUCCAUCACUGGGAUCUGCCACUGCUCCUGCAGAAGGAACACGGAGGCUGGAAAAAUGGCACACUCGUUCCAUUGUUUGAGGACUACGCCACGUUUUGUUUCCGCACAUUUGGGGACCGUGUCAAGUACUGGCUGACCAUGCAUAACCCAUACCUGGUGGCCGUCCAAGGGUACGGUACGGGGGUGCACGCCCCUGGAGAAAUAGGGGGGCUCGCUGGCUCUCUGACGGCGGCCCACAAUCUGAUCAGGGCACAUGCCAAGGCCUGGCACGCCUAUAACACCCACUUCCGUCCAGCGCAGAGGGGUAAAGUGUCCAUUGCCUUGGGCUCCCAUUGGGUGGAGCCUCAAAAAGGCCAGUCCACAGCCGCCAAUGUCGAGCUCUGUCAACAAUCAAUGGAGGCUGUGCUGGGUUGGUUCGCCAAUCCCAUCUUCGGCGACGGAGACUACCCAGCCUCCCUAAAAACCCGGCAUGGUUCCCUACUGCCCACGUUCUCUGCACGGGAGAAGCUGUGGGUGCAGAAGACGGCCGACUUCUUUGCGCUGUCCUUUGGCCCGAACAACCUCCGACUGGGGAGAGACCUGCCCCACUAUGGCCAGGCCGUGACACCAGAUAUUAGGAGCGUCCUGGGCUGGAUAAAGCUCGAGUACGAUGACCCACAAGUGCUGGUGGCCGAGGGCGGAUGGUUCUCUGAAGCCAGUGUGGGAAGAGAGGACACGGUCGCCAUUUACUUAAUGAAGAGAUUCAUCAAUCAGGUGUUACAAGCUGCCAGGCUGGACGGUGUGCGGUUGCUAGGCUACACCGCAUGGUCGCUGGUAGACGGCUUUGAAUGGAAUUACGGCUACUCUGUCCGCCGGGGCCUUUUCUUCGUCGACUUCAGUCACUCUGACAGAAAGAGGACGCCCAAAACCACAGCUCAGUACUACAAACAUGUUAUUGCUGACAACGGUUUCCCCACAUUGGAGACACCUGGAGAGGUCAAGGGUCGUUUCCCCUGCGACUUUCACUGGGGCGUCGCUGACUCCACCUUGCAGGCCCGCUUCUACCCUUUCUCCCCCCAGUUCAUAGAUCCUCAUGUGUACAGUUGGAACUGGACAGGAGACGGAUCGUUGCAUCCGAUCCCAGGAGAGAAGCUUCCUACUAAUCGUUCCCAGUGCACUGAUUAUCUGACCAUUCGUAGCCACCUUCACCUGUUUGCAUCUACUGGAGCAUCGCAUUAUCGCUUUGCUCUAAACUGGUCUCUGAUACUACCACAUGGAGACCUCUCUCAAGUAAAUACGGAGGCGCUGAGAUACUACCGCUGUGUCCUUACCGAGCUGAAGAAACUGGACCUGGAGGCUCUGGUCAUCCUUUACUACCCCACGUACAAAGCUCCACUGGGCCUGCCUGGUCCGCUGCAUGCCUCCGGAGGUUGGCUCAACCACAGCACAGUGGAUGCCUUCCUGGAAUAUGCAGCACUGUGCUACCGGGAGCUGGGCACCUUGGUGCGAUACUGGAUCACCAUCAAUGAGCCCAACAGACUGACAGAUAUUUACUCCGAUAGGAACGAGCAGCACCAGGCUGCCCGUAACCUCCUUUUGGCUCACGCGAGAGCCUGGAGGCUCCACGAGAGGAAGUUGUCUCAUCACGACGGGGCUUCGGUGUCGCUGGCGCUUCAUGCCGACUGGGCCGAACCCGCAAACCCCUUUUUGUCGUCACACACGGCAGCGGUGGAGAGAUUCCUCCUUUUUGAACUGGGUCGCUUCCUGGACCCGCUGCUGAGGACUCCGUAUGAAGAAAAGCACGGCCCGCUUGAAAUGAAGACAUACCCGAAGGAGAGGGCCCGAGUAACGAACCAUCAAAGAUCACCUCUGCCUACUUUCACUAAGACCGAGAGAGAGGAACUGAAAGGCGCUUUGAGUUUCAUCGCACUGAAUCACUUUACCACUCGUCUGGUCUCUCCUGGUCCUCCUAGUUCGCACCAAAAACAUCAUGACUGUCUUACUCUUUCUGACCCCACCUGGCCCUCCUCUGGUCUGGGCCAAGCUCUCGUCCCUUGGGGCCUGCGAAAAGUCCUGAAGUGGGUGACUGAGCGAUACGGGCGCACUCAGCCGAUCAUUAUCACCGCCAGCGGGGUCGAUGACCAGGCUCCAGUGGAGGACAACGUGAGGCAACACUAUCUCCAAAGUUACCUACAAGAGGCUCUCAAAGCCCGUGACUUGGACCGUGUCAACCUGCAGGGCUUCUAUGUGUGGAAGCUGCAGGACGGUCAUGUUCCCCAAUAUGGUCUUUUCACCUCAACUCACCGCCAAUCCAAAGCAAAGGCCUCCAUCCAUGUCUACAGACAAAUCAUCACUCACGGCGGUUUCCCUGAAGACGGCACCUUGCGCACCUGUGGGACCAAGGGGGCGUGGCCAGUGUGCUCCCCGUGUGUGUGGAUGACGAAGAACAAGGCCCUGACGGUUUUUGGCUGCUGCCUCCUGCUUUUAGCUGUCCUCUUUACUGCACUGUUCUUCUCCGUCAUGGUCACUAGGAGACGAUACACAAAGGGUCGGAUGAGAGAGGUGAGCGUGGUGAGGAGGAGAAGAAGAGGAAGGCGUCCACCGGUGUUCUCACGAAGGCCUCUUAUCUAAAUGCUAAACACAGGUCAGGACUCAUUGUAUCACAUUGUGUUGGUGCACAAGGGACUUUAAAGACUUGUGUCUGUAUCAGAGUAUAGAGAGAGCAUGGUAGCAAACAUGGCGCCCUGUAGUCACGUGAGGGUUGGUUUGUUUUGCCCAAUCAUUUAGAACAGGGGUGUCAAAGUCAUUUUAGCUCAGGGGACACUUGGAGGAAAAUCUAUUCCUACGUGGGCCCGGACUGGUAAAUUAAUGGCAUUAAAACUAAAAUAAAGUAAAAAUAAAGACAACUUUAGAUUGUUCUAGAACAAGCACAUUCUGAAAAUGUACACGGCAAAAACUGAAAUCUAAGUAAGAUGAAAUAUCUCAAAUAAGGGUGAUAUUUGCUUAUUUUUUGUCUGAUAAGAUACUUCUUCUCACUAAGCAGAUUUUAUGUUAGAGUGUUUUACUUGUUUUAAGGGUUUUGGUCCUAAAUGAUCUCAGUAAGAUAUUACAGCUUGUAGCUAAGAUUUGAUGAGCUAUAUUAGGGCUGGGCGAUAUGGCCUUUUAUUAAUAUCUUGAUAUUUUAAGGCCAUGUCACGAUACACGAUAUAUAUCUCGAUAUUUUGCCUUAGCCUUGAAUGAACACAGUGACGUGCAGUCAGGUGAGGCGGGAGGAGGCGGGGCCUCACGUGCCAUCAUGGAAAGAAAAACAAUUUAAAAAGAAAAAAAAUUGUUAUAUGUAUCCAGUGAUUAUACUAUAAAGUUAUUUUCCAUUUAACUUCACCAGUUUUAGAUGAUUUUUAUUCAAAAUGCUGAAUUUUCACAUUUGCCGUUCAAAUACUGAGAAGAGACUUGCAGUGAGUCACCAGCCAGUUGAGCCUCACCAUGGAUUGCGCAAUGACUGGGCUAACUGCUGGCCUGCUGUGCAGUGAGACCGUAUCGCUAUAUGAAUUAUAUUAUACAUUACAUAGCUGAGGUACAUAAUGUACAGUGUAUUUUGUCAACAACUGUAUGUGUGUAACGUAUUUCUUGUGCUGAGCGAUCAUAAAACGGCUGCAAAGACGCACUGUGUGAGGCUCGCAGUAAUCCCGCCUCAUGGUGGUAGAGGGCACUAGUGAUCUCAGGGAUCAUUCUUUGCGACUACUCGGCUGCAGAAUAACUGACAACAAGCAGCAACAGUUAGCAGCGAUCGUUUAUUUUUCCUCUCGCCUGGACUUUUAACAUGGAGGAUUACAUAUCUAAAAUAAAACAGUUUUCUAAACUGGACUUUCAAUCGAAGCAGGAGUUAAUAAUUCAAAGAAGAUCCCCAUCGAGACAGAGAGACUUUUAAAACUGAAGAAAGAUAAGGAAGACUUCUAUAAACAAGUUAUCGAUGCUUUUGUUCAAAAGGAGCUGCGCAUGGACUUCAUUUAUAAGUAAAGGUAAGACCAUAAUAACGUUUUUUUAUUAAAUGUGCUUUUUUGUGUGCUACAGUUUGUAUGUUUAAAGUUAAAGUACCAAUGAUUGUCACACACACACUAGGUGUGGUGAAAUGUGUCCUCUGCAUUUGACCCAUCCCCUUGCUCACCCCCUGGGAGGUGAGGGGAGCAGUGGGCAGCAGCGGCGCCGCGCCCGGGAAUCAUUUUUGGUGAUUUAACCCCCAAUUUCAACCCUUGAUGCUGAGUGCCAAGCAGGGAAGAAUGCUGGUAUGAGCUUUUAAACAUAACCCGUUAACUGCUGCCAAUCAAAUGGUGAAUAAGAUAGUCUUUAGGGUUCAUAUGUUUGUAAAUCUGACUGUGAUGAAGUCAGUGCCUCACCAGCCAUGAACCUCACCGCACGUCACUGAAUGAACACUUGAUGCAUAUAAUCACAGCAGUAUGAUGAUUCUAUGUGUCUUCAUACUGCAUUCAUAUAUGCUCAUUUGAAACUUUCAUGCAGAGAGGGAAAUCACAACUAAAAGUGUAUUUAUGAAACAGUUAUUAAGCAGUGGCACAAACAUUCAUGUCAUUUCCAAAACAGAAAGUGCAAGAUUGUCAAAGAGACAUUUUAAAACAAGCUAUGAGGGCACUUUUGUGCAUGAUGUCACUAAGAUGACUUAUCAAAACAACACUAAAUUAAAGAGCACUUUUUGUACAGAACGCCACUCAGAGGGCGCUUAAAGUCAGCUGACACGUCAUCUUUUAUACAACUGUCAUGUGUGACGUGGGUUGGACUUCAGUUGCUAUGGCGACAUCCAGUGGACACAUUUAGAACAACAGCAGUUUAUUUGAUUAAAAAAGUGCAGCUCAUUUUUAAAUUGAGCAAACUGAUCUUGCGGGCCGAAUUAAACCUUUUUGCGGGCCUUACGUUUGACACCCCUGACUUAGGAGAUCCUCUGGCCAUAUUCUCUCUGAUUGGUCAAAAGCCCCUCACGUGACUACCGAGCACCAUGUUUACUGCCAACUUUGAGACUGUAUGUGACAAUGUCGCCCCCUGGCGCCAAUGAUACACACAGCUCUAGUUUUUUUUUAAUAGCAGUUGCAACGUUCUGUGUUUUUAAUUUUAUUUUAGAAUAUAUCAACUUUGCAUGGGGAAUUUUUGGAUGU